AUAAAUAACUAGAUGCACCUUCCUCUCCAAAAGUGGGUUCUACAAGCAACGAUUAGAAAUCUGAAUUCCUUUUUAAAUGGUCAUCCGGCAAAUCUAUUAAAAGUUUAACAUCUAUGGUUGUACAUUUAUGUAUAUGCAGAGUCAUCAUAGGCAUCAGUGGCCACUCUUUGUUCUAGAGCAAAAACUUGAGAAUUUGCGAAGCGUUGGUGUAUUAAUUCAGCAUCCAGAUAAGUCAGACUGAAGAUUCUUUAUUUACUUCGCCAAUACAUGGAAUAGUAUUAAAAAACUUCUUUCUUUGGUAUAAAAGCCAAAAGUGUGUCAAUGGAAGGACUCGGUGCUAAUUGGGGUGUUAAUGCACACUUUAUAAACAAUAAAGAUGAGGAGGAAGUUAGAACAAACUUGGAGAAUGCAUUGACACUAAAUCGUCAAAUGCAAGUUCAGUUACAUGCCGUGCGUGAAAAAGUUGAGAGUCUAUUGAAGAGUGUUAAAGAAAUAUACGAAGGUAAUGAGGAAGCUAUACGAAACAAAUUCAGGCUUAGGCGAAAUGGGUUUGGGAUGCGUGGAGCUUAUUUGAAAGGUGGUACAUUUUACUUGAAGGGGAACAUAUUCUUCAAAGAUUACAACUGCCGCAAUUGCCCUGAUAAUCCGGAUUACAAAGCACGUAAGAGAGAAGGUGAAAUGUUUCCCAUGGAUCUGGAUCUGAAGGGAAGACAUAUGUGGUCUAUCAAAGACAAGAAGGGCUUGGUGGAAGGAAUCAAGGAACAAAUAAUUGAUCAUCUAAAAACUAUUGGAAAGAUGACUUCUGUAAGAGUGUCAAAAGAAAUUAAUAGUGAAAAGUUAGUAAAAUUGCUACAAAUGGUUGGAGAGGACUUCAGCAUAGAUUGGGAUGUUAUUUCGAAACACAAUGUUAUACAUCGACAUUCGCCGACAAGUUGUGAAGCUAUGUGGAAUGUUUACUUACAUCCAUCUCUCAAGCGGUCAAAAUGGACGGAAAAAGAGAAUGAACUGCUGGGAGAAGUAGUAAAAAAGCACAAUUUUCAAAAUUGGGAAGCAAUUGCCAAGGAAAUAGAGGGAAGAUCUGAUUUUCAAUGUUUUAUUCAAUAUCUGAACUACGUGUACUAUAAGAUACGUGAAAAAAUCUGUAAAUGGACGAAAGAAGACGACAAGCGCCUUAUUAAAGUAAUCGAAUCAAAUAACAUUAACGGCAUAAUAAAUUGGAGCAAUGUUAUGGUUCACUUCCCUCAAAGACCCCGGUCAACUCUACAGCAUCGUUACACAUACACACUUAAUCCACGCAUUAAUAGAAGUCCUUUUACUCCUGAAGAAGACCUACUGUUAUUGGCCGCCGUCAAAGAAUAUGGCACGAAAUUUUCCCAUUUCCCACGUUCGCUAUUCCCCAAUCGAACGAGCGUUCAACUGCGUGCACGUUAUCAAAACACUUUGCAAUAUCGGAACCAACGAUCGAAUUGGACGCUAGAAGAAGAUGAAAAGCUCAUGAAGUUUGUGGCUGAAAAUGGUACAUUCUGGAGACGAUGUCAGGAUACCAUACGUACCCAUUCGCGAAUUAGUUGUCGCUCACGAUAUUUAGCUAUAACAAAGUUUUUGAACGAUCACCCGGGCGCAACACUAGCAGAUAUGAACAGGAGAAAGAAAGCCGAAUUCGAAUAUGUACACAUGGAAAAUUUGACUGAAAAAUUGGAAGAAUUGAAUGAGAAUCCCAACGCUGAGCUUGUUAAAAGAUUAACACCCGCAAAAAUUCGAAAGCCAAGAGUUAGGAAAGAAAAGCCGCCUAAAGUUCCAAAGGUACGUGUCAAGAAAAAGAAACCUCCGAAAGAGAAGAAACCACGCAAAAAAGCUGAACGACCUGAUCGAAAGAAAAAAAUAUAUAUUGAGCGUUUGCGAUCCAAUGGCAUUACGUUGUACAAUAGUCUUAAAUAUGGUUACGACUAUAAGUUGGGUGCAGAUCCCUGUCUCAGUAAUAAUCCCAACUACAACAACAUAAGUUUUACCCGAGCAGCUUUGGUAGUGCAGGAUCGUGGCGACAAUAAAAAUCUCCGCUUCGAUGAUCCCGUUCCCCAAGUGUUGCGUUGGAAAAUACAAAAAGCGUUAAGAAAAAAUAAUUCUAAAAUUGAAAUUCCGUUCGGAUUUUCUUUACCCUCAAGUUGGAGCACCGCAAUGGCAUUCCGAGCUUUAUGUAUACAUACCGCACGCACAGAUUUAGAGAAGGAAAGCUGUCCUACUUUUGAAGACACAAAUACUCAUAUUAAUACAUUUCGCGAACGUUUACGUACGCUUUUUUAUACGACAGCUUUGUUAAGUCGCCUACAUCCAACAAUGGUUAUUGAACCACAACCAGAAUCUGAACCGGAACCAGAACCAGUAAGGGAUCCAGAGCCGAAACCAGAACCAGAACCGGAAGCAGUAACAGAUUCUCCUCAAUCUGACGAAGGAAAUAUCUUGUCCGACAAUAUAAAAUCAGAAAGCAAUGAAAAUCCAGAAAUUGCUGAAAACCUCCUAGAGGUCCCUGAGAUAUCAGAGUUGAAUGGGGAUGAGAAUAAUGAAGUCGUCAAUCAGCCAAAACGUAGAAAAAUCGUUAAGAAAUCUCUAGUGGAACAAGUGCUUAGUUUAAAAGGCAAUGUGUUGGGGAAGAGAAAAUUACCUGUGUUAAAAGAAUUUUGACUAAAUGAAUUUGAAUUUAUUUAUGUAUUGAAAUAAAAUACACACAUACAUACAAACUAUAUAGAAAAUACAAA